AUGAGAUAAAUUAUUAAUCAAAAGCAGAUAGUUUAACUUGUUUUGCUUAAAAAACUAUACAAAAGAGUAAAAAAUACAAUGAUUUUUAUCAUUAAAUAAUAAUCUAUUUGUUGCUCAGGUUUCUAGAUUAUUAUUUAUAAAUUCCUAGUUUUAAUAGUAGAUCAAUCUCAUUUUUUAAAUAAAUAAUAUUGAAUUUUCAGUUAAAAUUACCAUUAACUAAAGCCCCACAGCUAAAAACAACUUUGGGACAUUAUAUGCAAUCAAAAAGCUUAAGAAUUUGAAAUAAUGGUCUUCAAAGAUCAAGAAAUAUUUACAAAGACUUGCAAAUUCUACAAGAAGUUCAUUUUAACAGAAAUUUAUCAUUGGUACUCAUAAAUUAUUUCUCCUUAUGUCUUCUUUUGAAAGGAAAUUUAUAGAGAAUUGGAAUAAAUAGUUAGAGCACAUAUUUCCAUCACUAACAGCAAGCCAUUCAAAUGAAAAGGCCCAGAACCUUAAAAAUCAAUGUUUAAAAGAACUUCUUAUAUAAUUUGCAGUUUCUUGAAUAAAUUAAAUGAAUUUGAAGACUAUUAUGAAAAAAAAAG